CUGUGCAAGGGAUAAUUGGAGAUUCACCCUCCGCCUCAUGGAGCAAGACCCUUCCCGGAUGCGGAACCACCUCUGUGACGCGGCUUGUUUCCACUCCAGGCCUGUCUCGCGCGCAAAGUGGAUGGCAAAGUGGGAUUCCAAGAAAUAUGAGAGAUACGUUGUUCGUAAAAAACGAGCAGCAGGAAAGAAGGCCCUCAAAGAUUACCUUUGUAUGGAAAAGCCAACACCUCAUAUACAGAAAUAUGAGAGAUGCGUUGUUCGUCAAAGACGAGCAGAAAGAAAGAAGGCCAUGAAAGAUUACCUCCUAUAUGGAAAAGUCAACACCUCAUAUACAGGAUGGACGUAUGGGCAGCUUUGUCAAUUCACAUGAUAUUCCAUGAUUCAAAACCUUCAGAAAAAUUACCUCAGGAUCACAGUUCAACCAAGUCUCGACAAGGAGUACACCAUCAAAGAAAAUGUAUGGUUCCCUCUUAGCACAAUAGAUGCAUAUUUUGGUUUUCAUGUGAUGCUGCCUUGGAAAUAUAAACGUGGUCAUCUAGGAUUUCUGAAUUGUUAUGUGUAGAUUUUAUAUCACUCUAGUGGCCCCCAUAGGACCUCAUCAAGCUGUUUACAUGGUCUGUUAUUGUUGCCUUUUCUGCAUAUCUUACAUAGUUACAUGUGUGGACAUGAUUUAUUAACAUGGAAACAUGCGACAUUUGAGAAUAUAUACCGGCAAACAACUGCUACAGCCUACAUAUCAACUACAUGGAUCCUGAUUAUAUAUUACAUUGUGUGGUUCCUGUUUCAUGCAGUGCUUUAUUGAACUUUCCCAGGUUUUAUAGCAUUGAUUUGUGCUAUUGACCAUACAGAUCACUUCAAGUACUCCGGACAAGGAGUAGCUUUUAUCAUAUUAAAUGACACUUAGACGAGCAUAUUUAUUUUUGUCGACAAGAGGGACAAGGAGAAGUUCUACAACUUUUUUCUGUGAGACACUUACGUAAAUCCUGAAAACAUUUUCGAAACCAUCUUUAGUGAGGAUCGUGGUUUAUUUGGUCUAGUAUGUCAUGUGAGAGUUUCACUUUGGAGAAUCAUCAUCUGGAUUUAGAUUUUAGACAGGCCGGUGCAUCACGAAGACAGCGAGUUGCAAGCGACAGCGUAGACGAAAAUGACGAUGUUGGCGGCAUCAGUGAAAUAACUGGCUUCGGCUCACAUGCUCACAGGGUCACCCUUUGGUUGCCACUGUGUGGUCAACUAACCCUAGAUGAUGUCAAAACAGCGUGAAUUUCCCCUCUGUCAUGGCUCCUCAAAUUGCCUUUGUCUUGCCACCAUUACAAAAUUUUGUAUCAAUGCAUCCCAUUGGUGCUGACCUGAG